AUGGAUAACAAUGGUCUUCUUCAUUAUCAAGGAAGAAAAGAUCAUCAGAUCAAACUUCAUGGGCAACGAAUUGAACUUGGUGAGAUUGAACGAUGUUUACUUAACACUACAUCAUCCAUCUCUGCUUGUGUUGUCAUUAAAUGGAAUGAUGAUCAUCUAGUUGCUUAUGUGCAAUCAUCUGAUAUCAAUGAAGAACAACUACGUCAACAUUGUCAAUCUCAUCUUCCACCACAUAUGAUACCAUCAAUAUUUAUUGUACUUAAUAAACUACCUCUGAAUCAAAAUGGAAAAAUAGAUCGAAAACUUCUUCCUUCACCUCACUUCUCAUCUAUACAUCUCACAAACAGUCUAGAACUAUUACUACCAACAAAUGAUAUUGAAAUUAGUAUUCAUCAUAUUUGGUGUGAGAUACUCAAACUAAAUCAAAUCUCAACUGAUACAAAUAUCUUUACUAUUGGUGGUCAUUCAUUACUUAUCAUGCAACUAUUUCAUCGAUACAAGACCCAAUUUCAUUUGGAAACAAGCACUCUUUCUAUUUCAAAUCUAUUUCAACAUCCAACAAUUAUUCAUCAUGCUCAACUCAUUCAGCAAUCUAUCGAUACCAUCCAUACUCUCGAUGAUUAUUCUUGGUCUUCUUUACAUCUUAUUCAAGCUAGAGCAUCGUUUGCACAGGAACGAAUCUACUUAGAUGAACAAAUUCGUUUUUCAUCCAACAAAACAACGAUAAAUAAUAUGUACGUUAUUCCAUUGAUUUAUCGAGUUUCAUCUAUGAAUGAUUAUAUAUCUAUUUCACGAUUACAACAUGCAUUUCAAACUGUUAUCACAAAACAUAGUAUUCUUCGAACAGCACUCUAUCUUGAUACUAAUGGGACUAUUAUACAACAUUGUUUAGACACAAACGUUAUUAUAAAUGAUAAGAAAUCAUUUAGAUUUUGGACAAUUAAUCUUUCUGAUGAAGAACAUGAACAGAAUGAAAUUGUAAAGAAGAUUUUAAGUCAAUCUGAUUUAUUCGAUUUAUCAAAAGGACAUGUUAUUAAUUGUCAUAUUCUUCGUCAAGAUCAAUCAAAUCAUUCAUUCAGUCAGAAUAGUGAUGAUCUAUUGACUAAAGAUGAUCUGAUAUUAUUUACCAUUCACCAUGCUUGCUUUGAUGGAGCAUC